UUUUCAUAUUAUUAAAUAACAAUUAAUUAUUAAAAAAUAAUUAAGAUAUAUUAAUUUUCUGAAUAUUCCUAUCUUCCUCCGUGUCCCUUUUCAGUUUUCACCCCUCCGGCUAUGCUGCCCCCUUCUCCCCAAUCUCCGGCGACCUCCUACGCCCCUCUCCCCCCUCUCCACCUCUUCUCCUCCUCCACCAAACCUACUCAGCUCCUCCUCCCGCCCUCUCACAAACCACCACGCCGCUUCUAUCACCAGAUCGGAACCCAAACCUCAUCAUCUCCGGCCAUCUCUUCAUCCUCCUCCUCCUCCUCCCAUUCCCACGACGCCAUCCUCCUUGACCUUCUCCGGCAGGGCAAGACAGAAGAAGCCUAUCAGCUCUACUCCAGCUUCCCCCACAUCCCAGACUCCACAUCCCUCAGCCGUCUCCUUUCCCAACUCGCCUACCAGCGCUCCCCCACCUCCCUCUCCCGUGCUCAAUCACUCGUCCGUCGCCUCCGCGACGCCCGUCUUCUCCGCCGCCUCGACUCCAACUCUCUCGGCCUCCUCGCCGUCGCCGCCGCUAAAUCCGGCGCCGCCUCCUACUCCCUUUCGAUCAUACACUCCAUGCUCCGCUCCGGCUACCUCCCCCAUGUCAAAUCAUGGUCCGCCGUAAUCAGCGCUUUAUCUUCCACCGGCGAUCCCGUUUGCUCUUUCGACGCCCUCCGCCUCGUGCUCCGCCGCAUCGCCGCCGCCGAUCCCUCUCUUACAGCCGAUUCUCUCCCCGACACCGCGGCCUUCAACGCGGCACUCAACGCAGCCUCCAAUUUAGGCGAUGCAGAGCUUGUCGAUCAGCUGCUCGAUAAAAUGCCCGUUUACGAAGCAAAACCAGACGUCAUCACCUACAAUGUCCUCAUCAAGCUCUUCGCAAGAGCGGAGAGGGGAGAUCUCCUGGUCUUCGUUCUGGAGCGAAUAAUUCGAAGCAACCUCGUGCCCUGCAUAACCACCUUCCAUUCCCUCGUCGCCGCUUUUGUAGGACUCGGAGAUUUGCGCACCGCAGAGAAACUCGUCCAAUCGCUGCGCGAAGGUAGACUCGACAUUUGCCAUCUUCUCCGCGCAGAGAUCCCGAGCAGAAGUAAGGAGGAAGAAACAAGCUCGAUUCUGAACAAGCUCGCAGACAUCGCCGGCGACGAUGCACCUCCUCUCCUCCCGAAGACAUACAGUCCAGACACGCGAAUCUACGCCGGCGCCGGAGAAGAUGGUGGAGGAGGGUUUAGACCGGAUGAAGGGCUGCUGGAUGCGCUUGCGGAUGUGUGCGUGAGAGCGGCGUUCUUCAGGAAGGCGCUGGAGAUAGUGGCGUGCAUGGAGGAGAAUGGGAUAGCGCCGAAGAAGACAAAGUAUAAGAGAAUAUAUGUGGAGAUGCAUUCGAGGAUGUUUACGAGCAAGCACGCUUCGCCGGCGAGGAAGGCGAGGCGGAGCGAGAGGAAGAGGGCGGCGGAGGCGUUUAAGUUCUGGUUGGGUCUGCCCAAUUCGUAUUAUGGGAGCGAGUGGAGGUUGGAGCCAAUCAUGGAGGAUGAUUAGGCAUAUGUAUUUAUACAUCUAAUGCAAAAAAAUUCAAUUUUUAUAUACAUGUAUUUCACUUU